AGAACAGAAUCAGCAUCAGAGGACACAUUGACACCAGUCGUCCAAAUGAGAGAGAACCGGGACUUGGAUUCCUGUGAGAGCAGUGGAGGUAGAAUAAAACGGAUCUACGAGAGAAGACUUGGCAGGGAUUUGAGAUGGGUGGCAGUGAAGGAGGAAAGUGUUGGGCAUGAGUCUCCCGCUUGUGCACCUUAGACAUUCCUUGAGACAAGGAAUUCUAGGGAACAAGGAGCAGUCUAGCGGAGAGGAAAAUCAGGAGCUGACUUUGGAUAUGCUGAGUUUGAGGCUCCACUGAGACAUCUUAAAGGAGAUAUCUUGUAGGGAGCUGUGCUUGCGAGUUUGAUCUCAGAAAAGAACUGGAGAAUUUAAUGUGUGAGUCAGUGGCACCUACGUUAUUGAAGCUAUGGGCAUUUAGAGAGUAGAGUGGAGACCUUAAAAAAAAUAACACUAAUGUCAUUGCCUGGACUCCAUGUAGACCAAUUAUUACAACCCCCACCUGGCCUACCCCUCGCCCCUAGGCUCAGAUGCAGCAAAUGGGCACGUCCAUGGGUCUGGUGUUGGAGAGGUCCUGGGUCAUGCAGGCAAGACUGGCUUUCCUAACAUCCCCACUUCCCUCACCCCGUCCCUUCAGACCCUUUUAGUGCUUUCUCCGCUGCCCACUGAAUGGAGUCAGCACUAUAAUAUAAAGUUACCCAGCUCUACCCCAAUCUAUCCCUUCAAUCUAACUGCAGAAAUACCCCCCAGCGCCCACUAUCUACUUGAGUCUUUGCCCUCUCUCUGCUCCCUGGCUCCAGCUGUUCCCUCCUGGAGGUAUAUGUUCUCCACCCAACCCCGUCUUUUCCCUGCCCACAAGCUGUUCCCCAACCCCCAGAAGGACUAGAAUACCCUUCCUCUGAAGAAUACCAUUACUUAAUGUACCUUUCAUUUUGUAUUUAGCAGAAAUGACCUUCAUGUUAGAAUAUGUUCUAACUAGAUUAUCUCAUACUGUAGCCCUUGCUAUUAAAAAACGUGUUUUCAGAAUCCUCAGACUUUAAAAUUACUCCAAAGCAAGUGUAGAGCUAAAUAGAGAUUAUCUAUUAGGAGGCGGAGGCGAGGGAAGAGGUGCGUGGCCCCAGACCUGCUCGGGCAGUACCCACCUGGGUUUCAACAAACCUGUGGUCUUUCCCCACAGCACAGCUAAUGAUAGCUGAAAAUGGGAAGGAUCAAUCUGAGAAUGCCAAAACUUGCUGACUUGCUGUAUCCCCUCCAACUCCCUGUACCUCAGAGGUUUCCGGUAAGAAAAGGCUGAUGGGGCAGAUAAAUUACUGAUCACAUUGGAUCAGUACUGUCUCAUUCUGUGGCCUAAAGAGCUAUUCUCAGCAUCCUAGGACACUGUCUCCCGGCAUGCGGUGGAGAAGCCUGAGUCCUAACAUACAGUAAGACACUGACAAGAGCGGACAGACAACAGAGAUGACGGAAUUAAAGGAUCUGCCCAGCUGGCCUCAUGUGACGUCACUGCACUCAGAUUACUUACUCUGCCUCUUCACAUGAGGCUCUCAUGUGGGCUUGGGGUUGACCUCAGUGACCUCUAGCAGCAGGACUUUGCCCCAUCCUGGUAGGGAUGGCAUUGUAUUGAGCCCAAGAUAACUCCCUGGUCAGGCUCCCUGAUAAACCCUGAUUAUAAAAUGCCGGACUGAAGUCAGGAGUCUAGAUUUAAGUAUACAUUCUAGUCAUGAACUUGAAUUCUGUAUGAAUGAGUUUUGUUUUGUUUAUGGCAACAGAAUCUUUAUUGUGGUUUAAAAUAUCAAAUCCUUGGCUGCUGUGAAUAUUAUUAAAUAACAGAUACUACACUUGAUCUUAGCCAAAAGGCUCAGAAGCUAUAUACUUAUGAAUUUUUAAUUCUUGUAUUUCAACUUCAAUAGACACUGCUGACUAAUAUUGAUCACUUUCUCACCAACAGUACAUGAGGGUUCUAGAAGAUCUAAAUCUUCAUCAACAUUGAAUAUUAUCAAGCACCGACCACUUUGCUUUUUUCUUCCUGGCUGUGUGGAGUCGAGCUAAGUCACCACACAGCGAAGUGGUGAAGCCAUUUGAGGCCUGAGCCUGGUCCUCGGGACCACGCUUUCUCCCUGUCACCAGGCAGCCUGCCCCAGCCCUGCUCAGUCAUUGCCACACUCCUCUGACAGAAUGAAUGUCCUUGAUGGUGUCCCCUUCAAGAUGCCUAAUGGCUUUGUGAUAGGCACAGAGCCCCUCCUUGGACCAGAGUUCAAUGUCCCAGCCUGCAGGGAGCUUCUGCUGGGUUCUAUGCACGACUUCAGCCUGGAGAGGAGGACCCUUUUCUGGGUAGAGGCUGUCGUCCGGAGCCCCUGCCCCUCCCAGUGCGAUGUCCAGGGCAUAGCGUCUGCCCCUCCUGCCUGGCUCCUGCUGGUCAGCCCCGAAGACGCGCUGGUGCACGCGCCUGCUGCAGCCAAAGGCCUUGGGGCCAUGCCUCAGGAGCUGCCCAAAGAGGAGGAGGAGGAGGAGGAGGAUCAGGACCAGGAAGAAGCCUCCGCUGCCGGCGAGGAAGAGCCGGAUCCCUGCAGCCCCCAGCCUGGCUGCCCGGCGAGCCCUGGCCCAGGCCGGAGCCGGUGCUCGCCCGACGUGCUGCGCGGCGUGAGGUCUGAGCUGGCCGGGGGGGCGCGACGGCGCCUCUCCGAGGACAGACUGGCCGCCCGCCCCCGCGCGCUCCUGCCCCGCAUCCGCCAUCGGGCCCUGAGCCUCCGUCCCUGCCCCGCGCCGCCCCCGGGCCCCGCGCCCCCUCCGCCCAGUGUCCCGGCGCCGCCCCCGCGGCCCUCCACGGCCGGCGCCAUGCCCCCGCUGCGGAGCCACAAGCCCACCGUCGCGUCCCUUAGCCCGUACACCUGCCUGCCGCCUCCUGGAAGGAUGCCACAGCCCCUCAGCACCCACAGAUCACACCCUGAUUCUGCUGACCUUCUGUCUGCCCUGAGCCAAGAGGAGCAAGACCUCAUUGGGCCAGUGGUCGCCCUGGGGUAUCCCCUGCAUAGGGCCAUCAGGGCUCUGCAGAAGACAGGGCGACAGAGCCUGAGCCAGUUUCUCAGUUACCUUAGCGCCUGUGACCGGCUGCUGCGGCAGGGCUACGAGGAGGGCCUGGUGGAGGAGGCCAUGGAGAUGUUCCAGUUCUCUGAGAGCCAGGCAGGGGAGUUCCUGCACCUCUGGGAACAGUUCAGCGACAUGGGCUUCCAGCAGGAACGAAUCAAGGAGGUGCUGCUGGUCCACGGCAACCGCUGUGAGCAAGCCCUGGAGGAGCUGGUGGCCUGCGCCCGGUGAUCACGGAGCCAUUCCACAACACCUGGACAUCCCAGGCCUGGGCCGGACCUGGCAGUCCAUUCUAACUGGAUUAUUAAGACCACAUAACAAUAACAAAGUGAUACAUGCUUGUAAAAAUGCAAACCAUGCCAAGGGGUUAGAGUAAAUACCAUAGGGGAGGCAAAAUUUUACCCAUUUUAGGUUUUCAUCUGGGACUCUAACAAAAAGACAGAUUAGCAAGAUAAAAAUAGUUUAUUAAUGCAUGCAGCACACAUCAUGCAGGAGAAACUUCAAUGAAAAGUAACUCAAAGCAGGAGUUUAGAAUUCUGGCUUAUAUAGCAUAUUUAACAAAGAAUAAUAAAUUUGUAGAGAAAUGACAGGACAAAGGAAAACAGUUUUAGGCUUCCAAGGAUGGCAACCUGUGCGAAAGUAUAUAGGAGGGAAAUAUGGAGUCAGGCUUGUUUGCAGAUUCCUCUGGUAUAUCUCUGGGCUGGUAAGAAUCUGUCUCCAGAAAAGGACAAUUUUAUAUUUGGCCUUUAGGCAAAGAAGGGGGAAUGGUAGAGAGAGCUUUUCCUGCAUUUACUGACUUUUAAUUGCCUUCAGCUCAAAAUAACUUUUAUGUCAAAGAGGCAUAUUUUGGGGAGACAUUCUCAUUUCCUUCAAUGACAAAAGAAUCAGUUGAAAGAGUUUGACAUAAUUGCCUGUGGGAAGGGGCAGUUGGGGGAGCUUGGAUGAGGAACUGUGUUUUUUCAAACAGUCCCAUAAAACCACCUGCAUUGGAUUCUUUAAACUGUGUGCAUUAGUAAUUUUGAUUUAAAAAAAAUUAAAAUGAAUGAUGGGCAGAGACCUGUAGGCUUCAGAUCUUGGUGUGGAAAGAGCAUCUAACUACAGGUCAGGAGACCUAAUUUCUGAUUUUGGUUGAUUAAUGACUGGCUCAGGGCCUCUUUGGGCUUUAGUUCUCCCAGGAAAAGUGGAGAGACUGGACCUGGCUGCUAUCCAUAAGAAUCCUGGAUAAUGUGAUUCAGAAAGUCCAGCUUGGCACUCCCUAGGAAACUGUUUUGUUUUUAUAAGAAGCUAUCUGAGGUUUCUUUUCUUUUCUUU